UCGAAGAUGGUCUCCGGUUAGCGAAGCGUAUAUAUUACGGUAACGACAGAUCCGUCGCAGCCCCUAGGCCCGUGACCCAUAUGGAGAAAAAUACAAGAUCAUUGUAUCCGACGUCUCCUAUGGUUUAUGCAGUUAUUUGGAAUCCGAGUAUUGUUGAUAAUCCGGAUAUGCCCAGUUACCAGCCUCAUGUCCAUGGACGGUGUUACCCGCCCGCGUUGAUUCCUCUUCAAAUGAACGGGAUUUCGUACGAGGUGGAGUGUUUUUUGGACACGGCGUUUGUCACGAUGAGUGGUUCGUGGCGGGUGCAUUGUGUUAUGGGCAAUGAGAAUUGUAGUUGUCGUGUUGCGGUUCCUAUGGGUGAAGAGGGUUCAAUUCUAGGUGCGGAGGUUGAAGUGGCAAGAAAAUCGUACUCAACUCAACUAGCUCGGAUUGAUGAAAACAGUACUGCGACACGAAGUGAAGCCAAGCCUGAAGUCGGAGGCCUUCUGAAACCUCACAUCUUUACUUUGACAAUACCACAGGUUGACGGUGGCUCAAAUCUUUCAAUCAAAGUUAGAUGGUCACAAAAGAUAAUGUAUAAAGAUGGCGAGUUCAUAUUGAGUCUACCUUAUAGUUUCCCUGAGUAUGUUACCCCUGCAUCAAAGAAACUCCCAAAAAGGGAAAAGAUACAUCUGAAUAUUAAUUCUGGUCUGGCUACUGAGGUUGUGUGUGGCACAACUAGUCAUCAUCUUAAGGAACGAAAACAAGAACCAGGGAAGUUGGAUCUGUUGUAUGAAGCACAGGUUAUUACAUGGUCAAAUACAGAUUUUGUCUUUAAGUAUCAUGCGUCUACAACCCAUCCAUUUGGGGGUGUCCUUUUGCAGUCUCCAUCAACAACCAGUAUUGAUCAAAGAGAUACGUUUUCCUUGUAUCUAUAUGCAGGACCUGAAAUGAGUAGAAAGGUGUGCAGGAAAGAAGUUCUUUUUGUUGUCGAUAUAAGUGAAAGCAUGAAGGACAACACAAUUGAGACUACUAAGCAUGCUCUAAUUGCAGCACUUUCAACGCUUGACCAAGAGGAUUUGUAUGGUAUAAUUGCAUUUAACGAGCAAACUCAUUUAUAUUCAUCAACCUUAGAGUUGGCAACAGAAGAAUCCACCACAAAUGCAACCGAAUGGAUUGACACGAAUUUUAUAGCUGGUGGUGGUACAAACAUAUCAAUUGCUCUAGAUCAGGCCUUAAAGAUGUUCUCUGGAACCAGUAAAUCCAUUCCAAUGGUUUUCUUUAUUACUGACGGGGCUGUAGAAAAUGAGAGGCAAAUCUGUGACGUCAUGCAGAGGCAACUACAAAAGAAAGGAUCAGAACUGUGUCCACGUAUUAACACGUUUGGUAUAGGUUCAUUCUGUAAUCAUUACUUCUUGAGAAUGCUUGCAAUGAUUGGCAAGGGCCAUUAUGAUGCUUCUUAUGAAGCAGAAACAAUUGAAGAUCGCAUGCAGGCGUGGUUUUCUAAAGCCUCUUCCAUCAUGUUGGCCAACUGUGUAAUUGACGGUCUAGAUGACCUUGAUGAUCUGGAAAUCUACCCUUCAACCAUUCCGGAACUCUGCUCUGAAAGGCCAUUGAUGAUAUCUGGGCGAUACAGGGGUGAUUUCCCUGAAAGACUGAAAGCUAAGGGCAUCCUUCCAGAUAUGAGUAACUUUACUAUCGACAUACAUGUACGACAGGCAAAUGACAUACCUCUUGAAAAGGUCCUGACAAGGAAAGAGAUUGAAGCAUACACCACCCAGGCAUGGCUUUCACAAGAUAAAGAGCUUGAGGAGAAGGUAGCAAAAAUCAGCCUAGAAACUGGCAUUGUGUCUGAGUAUACACAUAUGAUCUUAUUCAAAACAGAACCACAAAAUAGACCUUCCAAAUCUCGAAGAAAACAGGGGAAAAAGGAUGCUGAUUCUGUGGAAAUAGGUACCAAAACAGAAAUGAUUAACGUGUUGCACCACAUCGGGCUAGGUUUUGGCAGUGUGGUUGCAACCGAUGAAAACAUCCCUCCAGGUUUUGGACCAAGGCCACCCACUCAAGCAGAAGUUCUUGUUAGAGUGGCCGGUAACUGUUGCGCAGACGCAUGUAGCAAGUGCUGUUGCAUGUGUUGCAUUCAAGCUUGUUCACGAAUCAACAACCAAUGUUCGGGCAUUUUGACCCAAUUAUGUGGUGCCUUGACUUAUGUCGGCUGCUGUGAAUGUUGUGACUAAAGCUGAAAAGAUCAGUGCAAUUAUACUCACAAAACAAUCCGAGUUUGAAGCUAAGUUAUGGUGUGCUUCGUUGCAAAACAGAUACAAAGGCAACAUUGUCAAAAAGAAUGCAAGACUAACAUGUAACUAUGUAAGAAGGCAUUGACAGCCGCUCGGAAUUGCAAGAUUGAAACUAUUUACUAAGGAAUCAAGGAAUCAGUUGGCUUGUAAAAAGAACUCGGAUGCCUAGUAUUAUUUAUAACGGUUACAAUGACUAAUUUCAUUGGAUGCUAUUACUAAGUUACCAAAAUAAUAUGUACAAUUUAACUUGCCCAAAACUGUUUU